GGGGCCGCGGAGCACUCUGGCCUGGAGCCGUUGGGAACCGGGCGAUUUGUUGAAUUUCUGACGAUCUUUCUUUAUCAGCGCGGUGCCAGGCGGCUCUCGGAAUGCGGCACCUUUUUCCAGUGGAGUGACAUCAUUCGAGCUUACCAUUCGCGUUCCUUGUCUGUGUCGGCUGGUCGGGCUCUGACUUUGGCUCUGGCUUCGCGGAGAAGGGCUUGCCUGUCGUUGUCGCUGUCACCGUGGUCGCGGUCGCUUGUUCGUUUUCGUUUUCUUGAAGUCAAGUUGGCUUUUGCAAUUUAAUGCACGACUCGUCGUUCAUCUCAUCCGGGAAUAUUAAUCUUUUAUUUACCCUGCCUAAAUCGGUGAUAAAAAUUCAAAGCGAAAUUCCCCCACUUUAAGAAAGUUACUUCGGUCGAGACUUGUUUCCUUGACGCGUGCAUUUGGUGGUUUGUCGGAGACAAGUUGGGAACGAAAAGGCAUUGUUUGUGCGGCAGCGAACGACGUAAAUUCGCAGAUACGGUUCCAUUCUUUUUGGAAGCAAAAUACGAAAACCAUUUGAAAAGUUAAAAAGUCGGCGCGUGGAAAAGAGACAGACAGCAGGAAAGAGGUUGUGCCGUGGAGCAAUAGUGCAGGAAGAAACGAGACCGCUCGAGGAUUAGCCAUACGUUCUACAGACAGGGCCGAAAGGCAAACGUAAAAAUUCUUCCAUUCUCGUUGUUUUGUGUGCAGUGAAAAAUGGCAGACGACAUGGGUGAUCGUAAUGAUCCGGAAUUGAAAUAUCUGUCGGUGGAGAGGAAUCCAUUCAACGACCCAGCGACGCAGGCGGAGUGGACACAAAAACGACUUGUUUGGGUUCCACACGAAAACCAGGGUUUUGUAGCAGCUAGUAUAAAACGUGAACAUGGUGACGAGGUUGAAGUUGAACUGGCUGAAACAGGAAAGCGUGUUAUGGUCCUUCGAGAUGAUAUUCAAAAAAUGAACCCACCAAAAUUCGAUAAAGUUGAAGAUAUGGCUGAAUUGACAUGUCUAAAUGAAGCCUCAGUCUUGCAUAAUAUUAAGGACAGAUAUUUCUCCGGUUUAAUAUAUACUUAUUCCGGACUGUUUUGUGUAGUUGUAAAUCCAUAUAAAAAGCUUCCAAUUUAUACGGAGAAAAUUAUGGAGCGAUACAAGGGAAUAAAACGACAUGAAGUGCCUCCACAUGUAUUCGCCAUCACGGAUACUGCCUAUAGGUCAAUGUUGCAAGAUCGUGAAGAUCAGUCAAUUCUGUGUACAGGUGAAUCAGGUGCUGGAAAGACAGAGAACACGAAAAAAGUUAUUCAGUAUUUAGCCUAUGUGGCGGCAUCUAAACCGAAGGGCUCUGGUGCGGGACCACAUCCAGCUUUAAUUAUUGGCGAACUAGAACAACAAUUGCUGCAAGCGAAUCCAAUCUUAGAAGCAUUUGGUAAUGCGAAAACUGUGAAAAACGACAAUUCAUCACGUUUCGGUAAAUUCAUUCGUAUUAACUUCGAUGCGUCAGGAUAUAUAUCAGGAGCAAACAUUGAAACUUACCUUCUGGAGAAAUCACGUGCCAUUCGUCAAGCUAAAGAUGAACGAACAUUCCACAUUUUCUAUCAACUAUUGGCUGGCGCAUCUCCUGAACAGAAGGAGAAGUUCAUUUUGGACGACAUAAAGACCUAUUCAUUCCUAUCGAACGGAACCCUUCCCGUUCCAGGAGUCGAUGAUUUUGCCGAAUUUCAAGCUACAGUGAAAAGUAUGAACAUCAUGGGCAUGACAUCAGAAGAUUUCAAUUCUAUCUUCCGUAUCGUGAGCGCUGUGCUGCUUUUUGGAUGCAUGAAGUUCCGUCAAGAGCGCAGUUCAGAUCAAGCAACCCUACCAGAUAACACCGUUGCUCAGAAAAUUGCUCAUUUGCUUGGUUUGAAUGUCACCGAUAUGACAAGAGCCUUCCUAACUCCAAGGAUAAAAGUGGGAAGAGAUUUUGUAACGAAAGCUCAAACUAAAGAACAGGUUGAGUUCGCUGUGGAAGCUAUCGCGAAAGCUUGUUAUGAACGAAUGUUCAAAUGGCUGGUCAAUAGGAUAAAUCGUUCAUUGGACCGAACAAAACGUCAAGGAGCUAGUUUCAUAGGCAUCUUGGAUAUGGCUGGUUUCGAAAUUUUCGAAUUGAAUUCGUUCGAACAGUUGUGUAUCAAUUACACCAACGAGAAACUACAGCAACUGUUCAACCACACGAUGUUCAUUCUGGAACAAGAAGAAUACCAACGUGAAGGUAUUGAAUGGAAGUUCAUUGAUUUUGGGCUUGAUUUGCAACCAACUAUUGAUUUAAUCGACAAGCCUGGUGGUAUUAUGGCUCUUCUGGACGAAGAGUGCUGGUUCCCUAAAGCCACAGAUAAAACAUUUGUAGAUAAGUUGGUAUCAGCGCACUCCAUGCACCCGAAAUUCAUGAAAACAGAUUUCCGUGGACAAGCCGACUUCGCUAUUGUUCACUACGCUGGAAAGGUUGACUAUUUAGCCAGUCAAUGGCUGAUGAAAAAUAUGGACCCUCUGAACGAGAAUAUUGUGUCUUUGUUGCAAGCCUCACAGGAUCCGUUCGUUGUUCAAAUCUGGAAGGAUGCUGAAAUCGUGGGUAUGGCACAACAGGCUUUGACUGACACUCAAUUUGGUGCUCGGACACGUAAGGGAAUGUUCCGUACAGUAUCGCAUUUGUACAAAGAACAAUUAGCUAAAUUGAUGGAUACACUUCGAAACACGAAUCCGAACUUUGUGAGGUGCAUAAUCCCGAAUCACGAGAAGCGUGCUGGAAAAAUUGAUGCUCCAUUGGUUCUCGAUCAGCUACGAUGCAAUGGUGUCUUAGAAGGAAUCCGUAUUUGCCGGCAAGGUUUCCCGAAUCGUAUUCCAUUCCAAGAAUUCCGUCAACGAUACGAACUUCUCACUCCAAAUGUCAUUCCGAAAGGUUUCAUGGAUGGCAAGAAAGCGUGCGAGAAGAUGAUUCAGGCUUUGGAGCUGGAUCAGAAUUUGUACAGAGUUGGACAAUCGAAGAUUUUCUUCCGAGCUGGAGUAUUGGCCCAUUUGGAAGAAGAAAGGGAUUACAAGAUUACCGAUUUAAUAGUGAAUUUCCAAGCUUUCUGCCGUGGAUUCCUUGCUCGUCGUAACUACCAGAAGAGAAUGCAACAACUCAAUGCUAUUCGCAUCAUUCAGAGGAACUGCGCAGCUUAUCUGAAGCUAAGAAACUGGCAGUGGUGGCGAUUGUAUACAAAAGUGAAACCUCUCCUGGAAGUGACGAAACAAGAAGAAAAAUUGGUGCAAAAGGAGGAUGAGUUGAAGCAAGUUCGUGAAAAGUUGGACAGUCUUACUAGAAACGCUCAAGAAUAUGAGAAGAAAUAUCAACAGGCAUUGGAAGAAAAAACAACUUUGGCUGAGCAGCUACAAGCUGAGAUUGAACUGUGCGCCGAGGCUGAAGAGAGCCGUUCGCGUCUUAUGGCAAGAAAACAAGAGCUUGAAGACAUGAUGCAAGAGCUGGAAACUCGUAUCGAAGAAGAGGAGGAGCGUGUUUUGGCUUUGGGAAAUGAAAAGAAGAAGCUGGAAUUGAAUAUUCAAGAUCUGGAGGAACAACUUGAAGAAGAAGAGGCUGCACGUCAGAAACUACAACUUGAGAAGGUUCAAUUGGACGCAAAGAUUAAAAAGUACGAAGAAGACCUUGCUGUGACGGAUGACCAGAAUCAGAAGUUACUGAAGGAGAAGAAGAUUCUGGAAGAACGUGCCAAUGACUUAUCUCAGACAUUAGCGGAGGAGGAAGAAAAGGCUAAGCAUUUGGCGAAGCUGAAAGCAAAGCAUGAAGCGACCAUUGCAGAACUUGAAGAACGACUUCAUAAAGAUCAGCAACAACGGCAAGAAUCUGAUCGCACAAAGCGAAAAGUGGAAACUGAAGUGGCGGAUCUUAAAGAACAGCUCAAUGAGCGUAGAAUUCAAAUCGAAGAAAUGCAACAACAAUUGUCUAAACGUGAAGAAGAACUCACUCAAACCUUAAUGCGGAUCGAUGAAGAGUCAGCAUCAAAAGCCAGUGCUUUGAAAUUACAGCGAGAGUUGGAAUCGCAACUUGCUGAAAUUCAGGAGGAUCUUGAAGCUGAAAAGGCGGCACGUGCAAAGGCAGAGAAGAUACGCCGAGACCUAAGUGAAGAAUUGGAAGCAUUGAAAAAUGAAUUGUUGGAUUCGCUUGACACAACUGCUGCCCAACAAGAGCUUCGCUCGAAGCGAGAACAAGAAUUAGCAACUUUGAAGAAGAGCUUGGAAGAAGAGGCUGCGAAUCAUGAAGCAAAUAUCGCUGAAAUGCGUCAUAAACAUUCACAGGAAAUCAAUGGCAUCAACGAUCAGUUAGAAAACUUGAAGAAGGCAAAAACAGUAUUGGAGAAGACGAAACAGACUCUUGAAGCUGAAAAUGCCGAUCUAGCAACUGAAUUGAGAAAUGUGAAUAGUUCUCGACAAGAGAAUGAUCGUCGUAGGAAACAAGCUGAAUCACAAAUUGCUGAGUUGCAGGCUAAACUUGCAGAAAUUGAAAGGGCUCGUUCAGAAUUACAGGAAAAAUCGGUGAAAUUACAACAAGAAGUGGAGAACAUUACCCAACAACUGGAAGAGGCUGAUCUUAAAGCUUCAGCGGCAGUUAAGUCGGCAAGCAAUAUGGAGAGCCAAUUGACGGAGACUCAGCAACUAUUAGAGGAGGAAACUCGGCAGAAACUUUCUCUGAGCUCGAAGCUUCGACAGCUUGAGUCAGAAAAGGAAGCUCUUCAAGAGCAACUUGAGGAAGAUGAAGAAGCUAAGAAGAAUUAUGAACGCAAAGUUGCAGAGUUGAAUGUGCAAAUGCAAGAGAUGAAGAAAAAGGCUGAGGAAGAUGCUGAUGUUGUAAAAGAAUUGGAAGAAAGUCGGAAGAAAUUGAAUAAGGAAAUUGAAGCCUUGGAACGGCAAGUAAAGGAACUGCAAACUCAAAAUGACAGACUUGAUAAGAGCAAGAAGAAACUACAAUCUGAGUUGGAGGAUGCCACGAUCGAGUUGGAAGCGCAGAGAACUAAAGUGUUGGAAUUGGAGAAAAAACAGAAAAAUUUCGACAAAAUCCUGGCCGAGGAAAAGGCUGUAAGUGAACAGAUCGCACAGGAACGUGACACAGCCGAAAGAGAAGCCCGUGAGAAGGAAACCAAAGUGUUGUCCCUUACUCGCGAAUUAGACGAGGCUUACGAUAAAAUCGAGGACCUAGAAUCGAAACGAAAGGCAUUACAAAACGAACUAGAUGAAUUAGCAAACUCACAAGGAACAGCAGACAAGAACUUCCAUGAAUUGGAGAAGGCGAAACGAGCACUAGAAAGUCAAGUAGCUGAAUUGAAAGCACAAAGUGAGGAAUUGGAAGACGAUUUGCAACUCACUGAAGACGCGAAACUUCGUUUAGAGGUGAAUAUGCAAGCUUUAAGGUCACAGUUCGAACGUGACAUGCAAGCUAAAGAAGAACAGGCUGAAGAGAAACGUCGAGGACUUGUAAAAGCAUUGAGGGAUUUGGAAGCUGAAUUAGAUGAGGAGAGGAAACAACGGGCCGCAGCCGUAGCUGCUAAGAAGAAGUUGGAAGGAGAUCUUAAAGAUAUCGAAGCCACUUUGGAAAUGCACAAUAAAGUGAAAGAAGAUGCUCUGAAGCAUGCCAAGAAAUUACAAGCACAAGUGAAAGACGCUCUACGGGAAGCAGAGGAAGCGAAGGCUGCCAAGGAGGAAUUGGCUGCAUCAAGUAAGGAAGCCGAACGAAAGGUGAAAGCUCUAGAAGCUGAAGUCAUGCAACUCACGGAAGACCUGUCGAGUUCAGAACGUGCUCGACGCGCUGCCGAAAGCGAGCGUGAUGAACUUUUGGAAGAAAUCAAUGCCAACGCCAGUAAGGGAACUUUGAUGAUUGAUGAGAAACGUCGACUGGAAGCAAGAAUUGCAUCCCUGGAAGAAGAACUUGAGGAGGAACAAUCGAAUUCUGAAGUACUGCUGGAUAGAAGUCGUAAGGCACAGUUAACGAUCGAACAGUUGACAACAGAACUGGCCACAGAAAAGUCGAAUUCACAGAAGAACGAGAACGCCAGGGCCCUUGUGGAACGACAAAAUAAAGAGCUUAAAGCAAAAUUGGCCGAAAUUGAAACAGCACAAAGGUCUAAAAUUAAGGCAACCAUAGCUGGUCUAGAAUCGAAAAUAAGUAACCUUGAAGAACAGCUAGAAAACGAAACUAAAGAAAGGCUGCUGCAACAAAAGACGAAUCGCAAGUUGGACAAAAAGAUCAAGGAGCUGACAAUGAAUAUCGAAGACGAACGACGACAUGCCGAUCAGUACAAAGAACAGGUUGAGAAGAUAAAUAGCCGCGUGAAAAUCUUGAAACGCAACUUGGAUGAAGCAGAGGAAGAAAUUCAAAAAGAGAAGACGCAAAAACGCAAAGCGCAACGCGAAUACGAAGAUAUGUUGGAAGCUCAUGAAGCUCUAACUCGUGAAGUCAAUUCUUUAAAAACGAAACUGAGACGCACCGCUGGUAUUGGCCUCAGCUCCAGCCGUUUAACGGGAUCGAAACGUGAUGAGAGCUCUGUACAGGAUGAAUCCAUAGACGGUGAAGAUUCCGGCAAUUGACGAAAUCGCUUUUGAGCUCGUUACCAAUAUUCCUAAAAGCAAGUUAAGAGAAAAGUUACAUAAAGUAAAUAUAAAAUAAUUAUUAGAAACGAGAACAAAAAAGAAGGAUAAUAAAAGAACAUAAAAAAAUGAAAAUUAUGAAAAAAAGAUCGUUUUUAUGUUUAAAAGUAAAAAUGCGGUAAAAAAACGUAAAUUAAGUUGAGAGGGCGAAUUAUAAGAAGAAAAAAAAUUGCAUUUAUAGGAGAACAGUUUAAAACCAUACUAAAUUAUGUAGUGAAGAUAAAAUAAGAGGAAUAGAGCAUGGCUUUUACUUAGAAAUUUUGAAUUCCUUGAACGUUGAAAUAGUAACAUUCUCCCGAAUUUAUGUGACUGGACACAUCGGCCUAAGACCUACCGUUUGUGUAUGUAUCAACGCGUCCCACCAUCUGUUACUUAAAAGGGUAAAUUGCUUGAGAUCCACAUUACAAAGAAACGUUACAGUGCUUGUAACAAACAGUAUUUCUUUUAUUAAGUGCCAUUUUUCAUACUUCCAUUUUGUAGAUAACCCAAUGUGUUGAUACUGAGUCUGUACUGUUCUUCCGUUCCAAGUGGGGGGGAUGUAGAAGUGAGGGAAAAGUAUAUUUGCAAUUGACUUUUGAAUAGGUGGUUAAUUCUCUGCUACUAUUAUUAUUGUUUACAUGCACUAAAUAAUAUGUUUAUUGGUUUCGUUGAAGCAAAAGCAAGAGCAAUAAGAAAGUAUUUUAGUCGGUCCCUUUCGUCGUUUUGUUUUCGUUAUUUUUUUUAAAGCCAACUAGUUAUACAUGGAACAUUCUUUUUAAUAUCUAAUAUUUUGAAACAUAUUGUAUUAAAACAUUGAAAAUAAUUUCUGUUCCCCUUUAAGCAUAGAAUUUGCAACAGUACUUAUAUUUAAAAGUUAAAAAAUUGAAGUCCCCUGUUUUAUAAAAACUUUUAUUUUAAAGAAUAAAAUUUUGAUACAAGUUAUUAUCGAAAA